AUGAUGUUGUCUGGUCCAAAGCGUCGACCGGAGUUGACACGGUCGAUGCGAGACUUUUAUAUAGCUCUUCAGAACAAACCUUUAGAUGUUCAAAUUCGACACUUUAUAUGGGGGAAGGGAUGUGCCUUUGGUCCUUGUUCCCACCCCGAGUUCGAUGUCGCAGUUAAUAAAACGCGAAGUAAAUUUCCAUGGCUGGAUGUGAUCGACUUUAACUUCACUCAACCUAUUAAUGAGAGAGACUAUAUGCAAGAAUUCUUACAUGACUUUGAUGCUGCGUAUCAGGAGAGUGAUAGAAAUGAUUGGACAUUCAAAUCGUUUCAAAAGCAUAUGUUGGUCAAUUACCACUUCUACACAAUGGUCAAUUGGGUAUUACAAAAUGACAAAGACACAGACUACUUCAUGUUUGCUGAAGACGAUCAGUUAUACCAACCAGACUUCUUUAAGAAAAUCAGUGAUUAUUUAUCUGCACAUAACAUCGACGAUUACUGCAGCGGCAAAGUGUGUCUGACGCAUUACAGAAAAGAUCGAAAACACACAGCACCACCCACACAAUUCGCGCUUGGAUGGUUUGGACAGUUCAAGUCGAGAAAGCAAAUGGAGAUGUUUUUGAGAUUCACUAAGUUCAGUAGAUAUUUUGACUGUGGAGAUGCAGUCACGUGGUUUUGGUGCAGAACUAUUCAAGAGGGGUACUAUUAUGGAUAUGAUAUGUCCGUCCAUUUCGGACAUUGGAACCCAAUGCCUCUUUGA